ACUACGCCACCGCAACCCUUCCUUCCGCACCUCACCUCCACCGGCAGCGCACACAUGGUCAGCAUCUCCUCCAAGUCCCACACAACGCGUACCGCCAUCGCGGUCGGAAGCGUCUACUUCUCGAACCCCACUCCCCUCUCUCUUAUCACAUCAAACUCACUGAAAAAAGGCGACGUCCUUAGCGUCUCGCGCAUAGCAGGCAUAAUGGCAGCGAAGAAGUGCCCGGACAUUGUUCCCCUAUGCCACCCCAUCCCACUAACCCACGUCGGCGUCGAACUCCGGACCUUCCCACUAAAUGCACCAAACGCAUCAUCUAGAGCUGAAGCGGGGCCUGCCGGGCCAGACAACAUGAACUUUGGUGGAGUGCAGAUCGAGUGCACGGUAGCGUGUACGGGGGCGACGGGAGUGGAGAUGGAGGCCCUAACCGCAGUCAUGGGGACCGCGUUGAGUGUAGUGGAUAUGUGUAAGGCGGUUGAUAAGUUUCAAAGGAUUGGCGAUGUGAGGGUUGUGCUGAAGGAGGGGGGAAAGAGUGGGGUGUGGAGGGAG